UAAAUGAAUCAGAUGUAGUAGUGAAACGCCACCUGGCGAUCAAAUUGUGUUCACCCUGAAAACGCUUUAAUACGUAAACUUUCUGAUCCACUUCAUUGAGUGUUCUCAUUGACACACAGCAGUAAACAGAUCAACAUGGGUGAAAAAGGCGUUAAAAACAACUCCAAAAUGCAAGCGAGAAAGAAGUCAUUCAGGGAACGAAAAACAAUAGAACAAAGAAUCGAAGAAUCGAAGAGCAUAAAAUCAAGAUAUAUUGACAAAAUACCAGUAAUCAUUGAACGAGGUCCCAGAGAAAAACAUCUCCCUUUCUUGGACAAGACCAAAUUCCUGAUUCCGAUGGACCUGACUAUGUCACAACUGAUGGGAGUAAUCAGACAACGAUUAAAGCUAAAGAACACACAGACACUAUUUCUGGUAGUCAACAGUAAAACGUUAGUCACAAUGACCUGCACAGUUGCUGAACUUUACCAGAUCGAAAAAGACAAAGAUGGAUUUUUGUAUUUCCAUUACGCAUCACAAGAAGUCUUUGGAGGGCUUGAGAGCCGAAAUUACCACUGCUUUUCACACAAUGUUCCAUGUAAAACGACGGACGUUAGCUGGAGAAGUUCGUGACCAAGAAUUUGAUCAUUAAAAGCCAAUAAAUAAAUAGAUAUAUAAACUAAACUUACUUUUUAUCUGAUCUUACCGAAGAGAUUUCUUUGAAAGCUUGGCAUAUGAACAAACUCGUUGCUACGAGAUAAAUAUAUAUGGACACUUUCGAUGUUAAAAUGAUAUUUUGUCAGCCAUUAAUAAAAAAAAAAAAAACCCCAAAGACAAAUAAAAUGAAAGCUAAUGUGUUUAAUAUCCACACCAAAGAAAAUCAAAAAGACUAUUUUCGGGAAGAUUCAAAGACUUAAAAAAACUAAGCACCUCCUCCCUGCCUCGCCAUUAAAAGACUAUGAAAAAAACCCCCAGCAAAUCAACAACUGCAGUUUUUAAGUACCAUUGCUAUAUUGGUGCCAAAAUUAAUGGUAAAUACCUACCUACCCUUUCUGUAUAUUUGUGAUUUUAUGCUUAUAAAAGAAAUCAUUAUUGCAUCAUAAAAAAGACACCGAGCUGGCAGAAUCGUUAGCAAGCCGGACAAAAUGCUUAGCGGCAUUUCUUCCGGUUUUACAUUUUCAGUUCAAGUUUCGAGCGAAGUCAACUUUACCUUUCAUCAUUUCAGGGCCGCUAAAAUAAGUACCAGUGAAGAACUGGGAGUCGAUGUAAUCGACUAGCUGCUCCCCCCCCCCCCAAAAAAUGUCAAGUUUUGUGAAAGGGUUAUUAGUCGAAAACAUUAUUGUGUGAUAACAAUAUUAUAAUGUGGUAAAAAAAAAAA